GAAUACGCAGCACUAGGAACAGAAUAUACAAUCUCAGACCUGUAACACAAGCCUGCUUGCAGGUUUCUGAUAUCUCUUCUGGUGCUCGAUCAAACCAUUGUGCACGGUCCAGGUCCAAGAAGAUAUCCCGCUUCUGUCUGCUCUCCCUCCCCGACACCUUCUGGAGAACUUCCUGAUAAACCCACCCCACACAGCCAACAGAGCAACAUUUACACCAAACAUGGCUCAAAAUGGCUUCCUCUCCCCCGCCUCGGCCUCAAAUGCGAAAGACCCGCUUCGUCUGCAUCUCGGACACGCACAACCAAACACCUAAGCUCCCGCGCGGAGACGUGCUGAUCCACGCGGGCGACCUCACCAACCAAGGCAGCCUGAGCGAGCUGCAAAAGACCGUCGCAUGGCUCGAGAAAGCCGAUUUCGAGGCCAAGAUCAUCAUUGCAGGAAACCACGACAUCACCCUCGACGCCCCCUUCUACGACGCCCACGGCACCUCCUGGCGCUUCCCCUCGCCCCAAGACCCCGCCGCUUGCCUCGGCCUUCUCACCACCAACGCCUCCCCCUCCCUCACCUACCUCCAGCACCAGCCCGCUUCGAUCCGCCUGCGCGCGCCCACGGGCCCGCACACACGCUUCACCGUCUUCGGCAGCCCGUACUCGCCCACGCUCGGCCAAUGGGCUUUUCAAUAUGCCGACGCCACCGCCGCUGAGCUCUGGGCCGCGAUCCCCACCGACGCGGAUGUGGUGGUCACGCACACGCCGCCGCGGAACCACUGCGAUGCUGCCGGCGCGGGCCGUUCGCACGGGUGCGAGGCGCUGCGCCGGCGGCUGGGGCGCGUGCGGCCGCGGUUGGUGGUUUGCGGGCAUAUACAUGAGGGGCGGGGCGCGGAGCGGGUGCGGUGGGCUGGCGACGACGAUGGGGAGGACGGGUGGUUGGAGGAGGGGUGUGAGGUGUGGGAGGAUGCGGGUGCUGGAAGCAAGAGGCAGUCGCUGGUUGAUUUGACGGGGAGGGGGGAGGGGAAGGGGAAGGGGAAGGGCUGGAGGGGGUUAGGGGACGACGGCGCGGAGACACGUCACGGUAUGGGAAGCCUUGGAUUGGGAGGGCGGUCCAAAGGUGGGGGCGAGGCUGGUGGUGUUGGUGUAAGGCGGGAAGAAGGGGAGGAGAGGGGGAGGGAGACUUGUGUGGUUAAUGCUGCGUUUAUGGCGGCGGGCUAUGGAGAGGGACCGAAGCGGUUUAACAAGCCGAUCGUGGUUGAUAUGGAUCUCCCGAUUUGGACGGACGGUGACGAUGGCGAGGGCUAGGUUCAUACGGAUGCAGAUAGUAGAGAGAGGGCAGCUGUUCGCGCGGCAUGAUCUCACGAUACAUGGGCGGUGCUACUUGUCACUGCCACAGGCUCUGGACGGCGUGCGGAAUGACGCUCUGGCGGCG